GAAGCACUAGGAGCAGCGACGGAGGGAGGCCCGCUAGGCCUGGCGAUGGAUUUAGUGCCGCGAGCGGCGAAAAUAUUGGGGAGAAGAUAGAGGAGGAACGCGUCGGAGCGACUAGCAAUUGAUUGGAACGUAGAAGGAGGAGAAAAAGAAGCAGAGGCCGAAGAAGAAAGGAAGAAGAAGAAGCCCAAGGCUCGAGGAGGAGAAGGAAGAAGAAGGCGGAGGAGCAGGAGGAGGCGGAGAGCUGGCGGAGGGAGGAGCAAGAGGUCGUCGAAAGAGAAGGGCAGAAAGAGCGCUGCUGCUGCUGGAGAGACGACCACUGACGACGGACAAAGCGAAGAAAACAACAGACAGACGACAGAAGCGACAGCUAGCACAAGUAGAAGGGUGGAGAGGAGAACGAGACCGAGCGAGGGAGCGAGGCGGCGAGGAAGGCAAGGCGAGGCAAGGCAAAGGCAGCUUGACCAACUUUACCGUGGCGGAGCGAGUGAAGACGAGAGCAAUUCGUACGGGAUCUGCCGGGGGAAGGGAAGGGAGGGGAGGGGAGGGGAGGGCGCAGCGGAGGGAGGCUGGGGGGAACGGGCAAGGGAGCGAGUGCGAGUGCGCGAGAGAGGGACGGAAGUCAAGGACCUCCGUGUCCUGCGAGCGAGUCGGGAGGAAGGAGGUAGUGGGGAGCGUCGGGGCGGGCGGUCGGUCGGGGUGGCGAGGGCGGAGAGCAGCGAGCGGGCGUUUGAUUGAUGCGAGAGGUGGUGGUUGUGGUGCUAGAGGCCAGGGUGCAAAAUGAGCUGGAAAUGUCGUGGAAGAUGAUGUGCCUCGUGAGGUUUAAGAGGUAGUUUGCUGUAAGCCGGCGCUGGUUGCUGUCACUGUGUUUCUUUCCCCCCAUCGUGUUCGCUUUGCGGGUGGUGUUAGGUUGGUAACUCUCUAUCUGGGAAGCGGGGGAGUGAGGAGUUGUUCGUCACAUUUGCUCUAGAAGUUGAGGAUGAUAGGGGGAGGGUUGCUGCAAUUGGCAGUAGACUGUACUCAGUUGUUACGGUCCAUCUGUAAUUGGAGAUGUAUGGGACAUGAGGGGCCAUCACGGAACCAGGUGCAGAGAGGCUUCUAGAGGGGGAGAGAUUGUCGCCAUCGCACUACUGAGCAAUAUGAUCGAGAAAUGACACGCCUAGUGAGAACGCAUAGGAAUGUUUAAUUGGUAGGACAGAGUAGAGAAGAAGUCUUAGAAAGGGGCAAGAGAUGGAGGGAAACAAAAGCUGGUUUAAUCGAUUCCAACCUAAAUCGGACAGGUUCAAGGUCUCUCUGGGGAAAAAGAAUGGCUCCGCAGGCUCUGAUAGUUCGAGGGAGAGUACUAAGUCUGCAGCUGAUGAAUUACCAUCGAGUAUCACGAGGCAAAAGGUUGCGGCAGCAAAACAGUAUAUCGAAAACCACUACAAAGCACAGAUGAAGAACUUGCAAGAGCGCAAAGAACGUCGAUGGAGCCUCGAGCGGAAAUUGGCAGAUGCAGAUGUCUCGGAGGAGGAACAUAAUAAUCUUCUGAAGGACCUAGAGAGAAAGGAGACAGAAUACAUGCGUCUCCAAAGACACAAAAUGGGGGUGGAUGACUUUGAGCUUCUGACCAUCAUAGGUAGAGGGGCUUUCGGAGAGGUUAGGUUGUGCAGGGAGAAGUUAACUUCUCAAGUGUAUGCAAUGAAGAAGUUAAAGAAGUCUGAAAUGCUCCGGAGAGGACAGGUGGAGCAUGUAAAGGCUGAGAGAAAUCUGCUUGCCGAGGUUGACAGCAACUGUAUUGUUAAACUUUAUUGUUCCUUCCAAGAUGACGAGUAUCUUUAUCUCAUUAUGGAAUAUCUGCCUGGGGGAGACAUGAUGACUCUUCUUAUGCGGAAGGAUACGUUGACAGAGGAUGAGGCUAGAUUUUAUGUUGGACAAGCUGUUUUGGCGAUCGAAUCGAUACACAAGCACAAUUACAUACACAGGGAUAUCAAGCCGGAUAAUCUUCUCCUGGACAAAGAAGGACAUAUGAAACUCUCAGACUUCGGACUUUGCAAACCGCUUGACUGCAGCAAUCUACCUACCUUGCACGAGAAUGAAACAAUCAUUGAAGAUGAUUGCAGGGAAGGCAUGGACGGUGAUGGACGCACCAUGCCUAAAUCCCAAGGGCGAACGCAACAAGAACAGCUUCUGCAUUGGCAACGCAACAGGCGCAUGCUUGCAUAUUCCACCGUAGGCACGCCUGAUUAUAUUGCGCCAGAAGUGCUACUCAAGAAGGGUUAUGGUAUGGAGUGCGACUGGUGGUCUCUCGGAGCGAUAAUGUACGAAAUGCUUGUCGGUUACCCUCCUUUCUAUUCGGAUGAACCCAUGUCUACUUGUCGAAAGAUUGUAAAUUGGAGAACUCAUCUGAAAUUUCCAGAAGAAGCGAAACUCACGUCUGACGCCAAGGAUUUCAUAAGCCGCUUGCUCUGUGAUGUGGAACAUCGGCUCGGGACAAGGGGUGUAGAUGAAAUCAAGGUUCAUCCAUGGUUCAGAGGUACUCCAUGGGACAAGCUGUAUGAUAUGGAAGCUGCCUUCAAGCCAGAGGUCACCAGUGAACUUGAUACACAGAACUUUGAAAAGUUUGAAGAGAGUGGGCCUCAGUCAAAGUCUUCGUCGAGAUCCGGUCCUUGGAGGAAGAUGCUGUCAUCCAAGGACGUGAACUUUGUGGGCUACACGUAUAAGAACUUCGAAAUUGUGCAAGAUGCUCAUGUUCCAGGAGUCGCGGAGUUGAGGAAGAAGGGAAAGCCGAAGAGGCCGUCCAUCAAAUCACUUUUCGAUCCAAGUUUAGGAGGCAAUGGUAGCAGUCCAGGAAGCUUCAUGAUGUUACCCACCCAACCCGAGACCUCUGAAAGUCCUGAACCCUCUCCUCCUGGUAGCAUGUCUUCUCCGUCUCGUUUAUGUUUGUACCAACAGCCACCUGUAUAUCCCUAUGGAGGUAGUAAUGCAAGAUAGCAAACUUGGUUAUCUGCUUGUAAACCACUUGGCUUCAGCUGUGCGACCUUGUACUCUAUUCUGAAGCUGCCGAGACCGGCUAGUCAGGUGAAGGUCUUCAUCGAAGCUGGCACGAGGGCAAGUAUUUCCGAAGUGUGGACGCAUCUAGAACUGAAGUGCUCUACUGGGUGAUGAGCUUGAAAGCAAGGAGCCCACUUCUGCCCAUAAGUUGCGUCAUUGAUGGUAGGACAGUAGUCUUGUUCAGAUGAUUGUUUGGGAGGUAAAGCCACACACACACUACACACACAUACAUACACAUCCAUAUGCUAUUAACUCGUUCUGGGUGUUAGAAUUGUUCUGUAUGAGGGUAUAUUAUUGUGGGCAAGCAGCCGCUCAAGUCUGUUGGGAGUGAAUAAAGAGCAUGUUGAAGUAACUGGGGAUCAAUUUGGUUACGUUCAAGCAUCGCAGAUCCCAAGAAAAGACUGAGCAACCUUCUUGUAGCUAGUUGUGCCCAGUGCCACCUUUUCACCACCAUCAAUAGUGAGGUCGUCUUAUCUGAAUGACUCCUCUGAAGAGCUGUCCUAUACCUUAUCCGAGCCUUCUCUAUUGAAUCCCAUAUUUGCCCUCCUGAGUAGUGGGCGAGGUUUUUUGUAUAAAAGUUGAUUAGCAAUUCAGCCGUCCUUGAAGACAAUUGUGCCGGGAAUUACGUUCCAGUGCCAGCAACCACGACAUGGGAAAGUAGUGUGUAGUCAUUUGGUUUGUAAAGUUCACAGGUGAGUUCUCCUCUUACACCAGGAAAAUAAAAAUAGAUCUCUGGAUACGUACAAAUUUGAUGAACUAUCCUUUGGUAUGGGGUGGUAUAAUAUAAUUCUUUUUGAAACUUCGCGAUUGACUUUUAAAGCUGCGGUUUUGUGCCACUAUUCCGUUUUCUCAAUAACAAG